AUGGAAAAGCUAGUAUUGAGUGUUGUGCUAUUGUUGGUUGGGUUAUCCACCUCUCAGCUAAGAACAGCAGCCGGUGCCGGCUGGCUGCAAGCACAUGCAACUUUCUAUGGAGGAAGCGACGCCUCUGGCACAAUGGGAGGUGCAUGUGGUUAUGGGAAUCUAUACACGGAUGGCUACGGGACAAAAACGGCAGCGUUAAGCACAGCUCUGUUCAACGACGGGAAGGCGUGCGGUGGGUGCUAUCAGAUAGUGUGUGACGCAACGCAAGCGCCACAGUGGUGCCUGAGAGGGACUCACAUCACAAUCACUGCCACAAAUUUCUGUCCUCCAAACUUCGCUCUCCCCAACGACAAUGGAGGUUGGUGCAAUCCUCCCAGACCUCAUUUUGAUAUGUCUCAGCCUGCUUUCGAGACCAUCGCCAAGUACAGGGCCGGAAUCGUUCCCGUUUUCUUCAGACGGAAGGUUGAUGUGGUAUUUAUAGAAGAUACUCCAGGAGGAAGAAAGAAAGGAAGAGAAAAAAGAAGCAGUUCAACUACAAAUGAUGGAGGCCUGGAAUAUGCUCCUUUCAUGUUGCAAAUUCAACCAUCUCAAACUCAAGUGCAAUUCGCUGAUAUUGCCUAA